UGCUGCAGAGAGAAAAACAAGAGCAAGCCUCCUGUCCAAAGGAACCAGUACUACUGAGUGGACUGCAGCCUGCAAAGCAACAUGUGUGUAGAAACUUCAGCCCCGUUCUCUCUUUUCCUGCUUGUUAUCGCUUCGACAAUGGCCCGGGACUGCUCCCAGCCCUGCGCUUGCCCUGCAGACUUCCCACUCUGCCCAUUGGGGACCAGCCUGGUCCUGGAUGGCUGUGGCUGCUGUAAGGUGUGUGCCAAGCAGCUGGGGGAGCCCUGCUCCAUGCUGGAGCCCUGUGACCAUCUUAAAGAGCUCUACUGUGACUACGCUCUGCUGAGUGACACUGAGACUGGCAUCUGCAUGGCUCAAGAGGGUCAGACGUGUGACCUAGGAGGGGUGGUCUACCGCAGUGGGGAGUCCUUCCAGCCCAGCUGUAAGCACCACUGUGUGUGUAUGAAUGGAGAAAUCGGCUGUGUGCCAAUGUGUGCCAGUGACAUCCGGCUGCCCUCCCUCGACUGCCCAUACCCACGCCGGAUCCAGAUCCCCGGGAGAUGCUGUGAGGAGUGGAUAUGUGAGCAGGUGCCUCAGGACCACCACUACCAGUCAGUGAUUGCCGGAGCCUCUCAGAUUCAUCCCUUGCCCUCUUCAAAUCCUGAAUCAAUCUUCAGGCAGGCUUCUCCCUAUGGGCCACAAGGAGAGAGUCACAAAGAUAAUUGCAUAGUCCAAACUACACAGUGGAGUGAGUGCUCGGCCACCUGUGGCAUGGCCGUCUCAUCCCGUAUCACCAACGACAACCAGCGCUGCCAGCUGGAGAGGCAGACCAGGAUCUGCAUGGUCCGGCCCUGCAACAGCCGACUUGUGAAAGAAAUCAAGAAAGGGAAGAAAUGUGUCCGGACACCAAAGGCCCAGCGAGGGAUGCACUUUGAACUGUCAGGCUGCUCUAGCACCAGGCUGUACAAACCUAAGUUCUGCGGCGUCUGUACAGACAAUCGCUGCUGCACGCCUCACACCACAAUCACAGCCGAGGUGGAGUUCCGCUGUCCAGAGGGAGAUAUCUUCAUGAAGAAGAUGAUGUUUAUCAAGACCUGCUCCUGUCAUCAUGACUGUCCUCAUGAUAACGACAUCUUCCUGGCAUCCAAUACUCGGAGGAUGAUUGGGGAUUAUGACAACAAUAUGUGACCAGAGACUUAUGCACACACACACAUUGAAACCCACUCAUCAGGACUGCAAAAUGCUAAUAACCAAGCCAACGCUCUGCCUUUACAACCACAUGCACAUUCAGUGUAAUCCAGACUUCAAGCAGUGGGUCAGAAAUUCAGGAUCUUUUCUUGAAGAGACAACAACACUUUCUUGUUCAAUUGUUGGUUUGCUUUGAGGAAAGAUGAUGAGGCCGAUGUUGUUAUGAAAUGUGUGUCUGGACAACGUCUGGUAAGAUGCAAUACAAAAGUAGGAAAUAGACCUUCAAAUUAUUCCCAAUCCAUCAGAGAUUUACACAUUAUACACAUUUGGAAGAACAAUGCCCACACAAAAAUACACAGCUGUCCCGGCCAGACCUAAACAAAUCUGAAAGAAUUUAGCUUUACUUGCUUCUGAAUACAAACAAUCCUGCCAGGUUAAGAGAUGAAGGAGAGCAAGACAUGUUUAUUUUUCUUGAAUGUAGCUUUUCUUUAAUGAAUGUUAAGAUACAAACUGACGACGUACUGAAAAAGAAAUGUAUGGAAACAAAUUAGGUCUUACAUUUUUUAAUCUGUAUCAAAAGAUCAACCCACCAUAAGGCAGCUGCUACUGAUGCACCCUGGUACCAAGGGUCUGGUGACAGUACCCAACAAUCCAAGAAUCAUUUCGAAAACAGUGUCUGGCAUCAGAGGACAUUUGCAUCUGAGUCCAGAAAGCAACUUUGAUCAGAAACAAGGACUGCAUCUCCAAACAUACUCUAGAAAGUACAACCAACUGUACACUGUUCACAUAAUGACAACUGGCACUGAACAGGGUCGAAAGAAACAGCACUGAAGAGUGGAACUUUGAUCAAAAUUAUUUUAUAUGGUUUCAAAGAUAAAAAAUUAAUUUCCCUUCUCAAAUAUAAAGACAUGCAUGUCUUUACUAAUCACAUACUAGGAUACAGUAAAGCCAUGUUGUAUGGUUUUCUAUUCCAUAGGAUUCUGCAAGUUGCGUUAAUGGAUAUUACUUCAGCUCUAAAUAUUCAAAUAUUUACAAAAUAAAUGAGCCAAGCACUUGAUUGUCUUCAUUUAGAUAAUAUUUGAAUGAUGGCUCUUAAAGCUUUGUAAUUUCAAGUGAUGCACAAUCUUGAAAAUGUAGACUUUAAUAGCACUGACAUUAUGACCAUUACUUAUUACAUUGAGACUCAAAGGUAAUUUAGUUCUGAUCUUGAGACAAUGAAACAUUAUCAACAGUCUCUAAAGAUGAAUAGGAGCACCUCAACUGCACUAUUGUUUUAAAAUCCUUAAAUAACAUUUAUUCUCUAUCUAUAAUUAAUGAGUGACAAACUUUUUUGGAGCAUUUACAGGAAAACAGUGAUUGCUAAAAAAUAGUGUGACAGACAUAGAGAAACUGGCUCAAUAAUGUUAUUGAAGUUUAUUGACCAUAGUUAAGAUUAGCUACCAUGAACCUAAUCUUAAAACAUAAUGUUAACCAAAGAUGAAGAUUAUGUUACUAUUUUUCAUAAAGGUAAUGUAUAAUGUAUUUUUGCAAAUGUGGCCUAAGAGAUUUGAAUAAUGACAAACAAACAUGGCCAAGUGUCUUUCUGAGAGUACAGGUAACACAAUGUGGGUUAAUCAAUGAAAGUUGAUAAGAAAUUUCCAUAAAAAAAACUCCUGGGGGAAAUGUAGUUCCCUGGCAGUCGCUGAAAUGCUCCUGGAGAAACUGCCCACGCCAAGACAUGCAAGGGGAAACAAAAGUUAAAAUAUUUGCCUUACAUUUAUUAUGUACGACGUAUUUCUCAAAGUAAUGACAAUACAGGAGACAUCAGUUUUUGUAUUUAAAUUUGUUAUCACACAUUUAGUCUCUCUUUAGUCUGUUUUGACAUUGGUAGCCUCCCGAGAAGCUAGAGGUCAGUUACUUAUUGCUUAUUGGUCUAGUUCAGUGUCCUUUGUCUGUCCAAUUCCAAUUGUUUUUCUAUUCUGACGCCACAGUCUAAAGACAAGUGUAGGGAAGAAAAUGAUUUAACAUGGACAAAAUUAAUUUGACUCCCAUUAUUAACUGUAUAUUUAAAAAAGAAGGACAUGGACAAAUUUAGCAUUUGCUAAAUAAAGCUGUAUAUAUACUGUAAGACUGUGUACAGUUUUGUACUAUAAUUUAUACAAUUUGUUUAAACACAGUAUUGUAGCUCUGUAACUGUAUCCUAUUGCUUUGUUUUUUCACUGUAGCCACCUGACUAAGAUACAAGUGAGUCAUUGCCUGUUGCACUUUUGCCUCUUUUUCAAUAAACAAAGUUUAUUUUUAUAGAUACACUG